AUGUCGAAGUACAGGAUGCGCGACUCGAUGGAGGAGGUCUUGGUGGAUAGGGGCAACGGUGCCGAAGCCCAGGUGGUUGGAUCGACACAACUCUUCAAGGAUGGAAAGCUGCAGUGCAUCCCGAUGCCCACGCCCGAUCCCAAGGACCCUCUCAACCUGCCCGAGUGGAGGAAAUGGGCCGCCAUCAUAACGCUCUCAUUGUUCGGCGCGCUGGCCCUCUCGGCCGAGACCAUCGUCGGCGCCCUGGUCCCCAUCUUCGUCCUCGAGUACGCCGGCAUCGACCCCAAGAUCCUUGGCAAGAUCGACCUCAGCACGCUCAACCUCAGCUCGGUGGGCGGCAAGCCGGCAGACCCAAUCCAGCUGCUGAACAGCCUGGGAGGGCCGCCGAUCUCCAAGGUCGACCUCAUCUCGACGCUGCCCAUCCUCGUCAACGGCAUUGCCUCGUACAUCCUGGUUCCUCUCUCCAUCGCUGUCGGUCGACGACCGGUCAUCCUGUUCUCCGGGGUCAUGGCAUGGGCAGGAGGUCUGUGGGCAGGCUUCAGCACCAGCCUGAACAGCCACAUCGCCGCGAGAGUGUUCCAGGGAUUCGGAGCCGGCGCCGUCGAGGCUCUGAUCCCCCUUAUCCUCCAGGACAUGUUGUUCAUCAACCAGCGUAACAAGGCUUUCUCACUCAUCAGUGCCGGCCAGGGUCUUUUUGUUGUCAGCAUCGGUUUGACCAGCCCACUUAUCAUUAUCAACCUCAGCUGGAGGUGGCUCUACUACAUCACCGCGGGCGCUGGUAUCAUCGUAUGGAUUGCAAUGAUCUUCUUCGUCCCCGAGACACGGUGGGAGCGUUCUCAAGACGAACUCGCUGGAAGGGCCGUCUUCCCCCUGCGCCCCGGCGAGGUCCGCCCCCGCCUCGACCACGCCCGGUACGGCUACCGCACCAACAAGAACGACUUCGGCCUCUUCUCCGUCCCCUUCAAGUGGGACCUGUGCAGGCGCUCCGUCGUCGACACCGUCAAGGCCACCUUCUUCCCCAACGUGCUCUGGGUCAUCGCCCUCAACUCCAUCUUCAUCGGCGCCCUCUCGGCCACGACGCAGAACGCCGCCGCCAUCAUCCUCAGCCUCAAGCUCAAGUUCACCCAGCUGGGCCUCGUCGUCCUGCCCGUCGUCGCCGCCACGCCCUUCGUCUGGUUCUUUGGCGGCUACCUGGCCGACAAGAUCAGCAACAAGUACGCCAAGCGCAACGGGGGGAGGCGGGAGCCCGAGGCGCACUUGAUCAGUCUGAUAUUCCCCUUGCUGGCUGGUGUUGCCGGGCCGAUCCUGUUUGGCUUUGCUGGCCAGAACACCGCGUCGAGGCCGCUCGUACCGCUGCUGGUUGGAUUCUUCCUCAUCGGCUUCGGUGGUCUGACCAUGAACUCGCUCGUGAGCGUGUAUUUGGUUGAAUGUUACCCCAACUUCGCUGGACCCGUUCUCGUGACCAUGUCCUCAUUCCGUCUCAUUGCCGGGUUCCUCAUCAGUUUCAAGUCUGCCGACUGGAUCCUUGACAUCGGAUUCAUCAAGACCUUCAGCAUCUACAGCGGUAUCAUGUUGCUCUUCACCCUCAUGCUUCCUCUCGUCUUCUACUACGGCAAGCCGAUGCGGUUGUGGAGCGCCGGUAAACUCGGCGAGAAGCCCGAAGAGGAAGACGCCAAGAGCAUGAAGAGUAUUGAGAUGGACUGGGGCGUACAGCAGGGUCGCAAGAACUAA